AUGCCAUAUUUACGUAUUUUUGAUAUUCAAUGGGAAUAUUUUCCACAGAAAAAUGUUAACACAACUGAUAUUUUCAUGAUCGAAUCAUUUCGAACUCAGUUCUGGCUUGAACGACAAUGGUUCUUCAUAUUUACUCUUGAAUCAGCCAAUGAUGAUUGUUAUCGAGUUCUCUUUUCUACAAAUCCAUACAGAAGAAAAUCUUAUACAUUAUAUGGGAAUCUAGGCAAAGAUAUGACAUCAAAUUAUGAGAAAAACAGUAUAAAUUCCGUUCAUCAUGUUUAUAUCAAACAAGAACAAAUAAUAGAUGAUGAUUGUAGAAAUUAUUUUCCAAAUGCUACUGAACUGACUCUCUCUUAUAAUAGUAUUAAUGUCGAUAGAAAUCCUUCUUCGAUUAUUCUCAAUCAUAUUGUUUCAUUGACACAACUUACUAAAUUAAAUAUCAAUGUUAAAUCAUUUCUCUUCACAACAAUGAUUGAACUAUUAUAUUUAACAUUGAAUAUUCAUACUUUGAGUGUUGAAGAUGUAUGUUUUGAUAAGAAAGAAUUACUAUCCAUUCAACAAACUGAAAAUUAUUCAUUCAUCUUCGCUCUCAAUUAG